GUUUAAAGCUUCCGGCCGCGAUUUUUGUUUUUCCCAAAGCGCUGUGUUUACAAAUAUUGCUAAAAAUCAAAACAAUACAAUGAGUGACAUAAUCUAGAUAUCUAGCUUUAGAUUCUACCUAAAACUGUAGAUCUAACUCUUCACUGAGCCAGGUUGAAAAAUCUAAAAGAAAAUGAGGAAAUCAUCCAUUGGGGGGCCUCCUCAAAGGGUACGUGCUGAUAAUACAACUCAUUCAAGAAAUCCAUCUAGAGAGAGGCCAUCAUUGAUCGGACGACCCUCCAUUUCUGGAUAUGGAAAUUCAAGACUUUCCAGUUAUGGGAACCAGCGACAAUCUUCAGUAAACCAGUUUUCAGCUAUUCCAAAACUGGGGCGUCCAUCAAGUGGUAUUGGUGUCAGAGGGAGAACAGAUGUUAUAAAAGACACAAGACCAAUUUAUGAUAAAAAGUAUCAAGCUCAGUGCAUCAGACAGCUUUUAGAGUUUUUGAUAAGCCAUCAGUAUCCACAUCCUAUUUCACAAAAGCUCCUGGAAUUGCCCAGUGCAAAAGAUUUUUUCAAAAUCUUUGAGUUCUGUGUUGGACAGUAUUGGUUUGGUUAUAAACAAGUGCCAAAGAUGGAAGAAGAGGUACCUAGGGUGCUUAAACUAAUUGGCUACCCUUUCACCAUUUCAAAGACUCAGCUAAUGUCUGCUGGUAGCCCUCACACAUGGCCUCAUCUGUUAGCAGCACUCAUUUGGAUCAUUGAGACACUACCUAUGACUGCUCUCAACAUUGAAAAUCAUGGCGGCAUUGAUGCGUUUAUCUUUGAGACAUCAGAAUCAGAGACUGUUUCUCUAGAGAAAAUCAUCUUUGAUGACAGUGUAAGAACAUACCUUGCCUUUAUGUCAGGUGCUGACACAUUUGAAGAACAAAAUACAUGUGUUGAAAAAAUACUGUUGCACAAGUUGCAAGGUUUUAAUGUUGAAGAACUGAAUGAUGAAAAUACAAGACUUGAAACUGAAUUAGCCCUGAUGGAACAAACAAAGAAAAAAAGGCGCAAAAUUCAAGAGGCAAUAGAGAAUUUAAAAUGUGACUUUAAACUUUUAUCAGCUCAUGUCUCUAACCUCAGAGACUAUAGAAAAAAUAUUGCAGCAGAAAAUAAAACUUUGGAAGAUGAAUUGGGAAUGCUGUCUGCCAACCUCCAGUCUGAAAGAGAGAAACUGACCAAAUUACAAGAGGUGUAUGAGAAACAAAGUCUGAGUCCAGCCGAUGUGGAGAGACUGAAGGCAGAGCAGGACAGUCUUAAGCUUGAAGUGGACAAGCUAGAGAAAGCAAUUGCUAAUAUUGAUGCAGACAUUUGGGAAAAAUCUAUGAAGCAAGCCAAAAUAAAUGAAGAGGUAGAGAAGGAGGCCAGCACCUAUAAUAGAAUAGCUAUUGGGUUAAAGCUGGUUCCAGAAACCACAGAGCUUGCCAGGGGCAGAGAUUUUAGACUUUAUUCUGGCUUCUCUUCUGAUCCAGUUGGCGCCUUUGACAAUACAGUGAAGCCAAUGUUGUUGACUUUAAAGAAGUCAACAGAGGACUCCAUUCGAAAGAAAGAAAAGUACUUAUUCCAGCUCAAAGGUGAUAAUGAACAGUGUUCUGAAGGCUUGACUGAACUUAAGGCCAAUUUGGAAAAAGUUGAGAAAGAACUUCACAGUCUUGAUGAGGAAAUUGAAUCUCUCAAAAAGCUAUCCCAAUCUGAUAAAAUGUCUGUCACCAAUGAAAUUGAAAGUGUACAACAAGAGAUCAGAAAUCUUGAAGAUAGACAGAGGCAAGUGUUAGAAGAAAAGGAUAGACUUACAGAGGAGCUCAAAAGGUUAACAGCUAUAGAGAAUGUCAAGAAAGAGGAAGUAGUGGAACUUACUGCUACACUGGACAAAGAUUACACCAAAAUUUGUAAUGAUGCAGAGGAUUACAAAAACAGUGUUGAGCAACAAAUGGACAUUUACACAGAAACUCUUCGAGCCAAAGUGAUGACCAAACGGGCACAUAUCAAACAGCUUCAGGAGGAGUCUAGAGAUAGAGAACGAAGGCUAGAUCUAAUGUUUAAAAACUUACACUAAAGUUUAUUACACGUUAAAAAUUAUAGGAUGUUUUAUUCAUAGUAGUGAUUCUAAAAGAUGAAUUAAGAAAAAUCAUUGUUUGCAAAAUAUAAUUAUAUAUUAAUAUUUUAUGGGGAGAAAAAAAUGAACAUGGUCACUUAGUACUUUUUUUUUUUUUGUGGUAAGUUUACUAUUCUGCAAACUAAAUAUUGUGUCUGUUUUAAAACAUCACACAAUGUAAUGUAGUAAUUAUUAUUGUAAAAAAGUGAAAUGCAUUAAAAAAAAUUUUUUAAAUUAAAUUAUCUCCAACACAUUUUUCUCAAUGUGUUGAGAAUUGUAUAAAUUUACUUAAAAUUUACACUAAAUAUACAAAAAUACUGAGUAACAAUUGAAAUAGUCUAUUUUUCUUUGUUUUUAAAAGCUUUCAUUUAGAACUUUGCAUAUUCCACAUAACUAUUUCUCAGUAAAAUGUACAAUAUAUUGUUGUUAAAAUAUUUCUCUUUUGUGUUGUGCCUACUGUUUAUAUUUUUUUUGGUUUUAUUUAGUGAUGAUUAAGUUUUAGGAUAACAUUCUGCAAGAAUGACAAUCAACAUGCAAUGUUGCCUUCUUUGUGCCUGUGCAUGUUUUUUUUUUUCACUAUUGUAAGUUUAAUUGUAUGUGAAAAGAAUAUUGUCAACAACUGAAAAGUUUUUUAGCUAUUUAUUGGAUGGUAUCUUUUCUUGUUUUAAAGAUAAACAUCUUACAAGUGUCCUAUACCCAGAGGAACAACCAUCUACCAGUUAAUUUUCUUUAGGAUUUCAAAGACAAGUCUCUUGCUUUGACAGAGAUUUUUUUUUUUCUUUCUGGGAAAGAUGUUUCAGUACAUUCAUUUUAAAAAAUGUACUAUACAUAAAACACAUUUUGUUGUAAUAAACAGUUGUGUAAAAUACAAAGAUUUAUUGCAAUGCUAUCAGAAUUUUCUAUUUGGUAUUGAGGAUUUUGUUCACAUACAUAAAGUAUGUAAAGUAAUUCUUUUUUUUUUUUUCAUUAUUAAUCAUGAAUUUCUAAAUUAAUUUUAGUGGAAGCAUGCUUAAAUUAGACCCAAGUAUAUAAUAGACACUAAUUUCAUGUAUGUAAUGUGUUUUUGUGUGUGUGUGUAUUUAUUCAUCUUUUAUAAGAUGUAAGAACUAAACUUCUUACUUAUGUUUUACUAUUGUAUUUAUGUAUAAAGUUUAUGUUUAGUAUGAGCCUUAUUAAAUUUGAGUCAUUUAAAUUGACACACUGAGCCUUACUAAAUUUGAGUCAUUUAAUUUGACACACUGAGCCUUACUAAAUUUGAGUCAUUUAAAUUGACACACUGAGCCUUACUAAAUUUGAGUCAUUUAAAUUGACACACUGAGCCUUACUAAAUUUGAGUCAUUUAAUUUGACACACUGAGCCUUACUAAAUUUGAGUCAUUUAAAUUGACACACUGAGCCUUACUAAAUUUGAGUCAUUUAAAUUGACACACUGAGCCUUACUAAAUUUGAGUCAUUUAAAU